UCAAAUUUGGAACGUUGCUUUGAAGUGUAAUAUCAAAGUCAUUUCUGAAUAUUAUUUUACUUGCGACCACUCAAAAUGUUCAGUGGCAUCAGACCUAUCCAUACACAUAUAGUUUUUAAUUAUUUAUUUAUUUUUGAUGCCCCCUAUGGACAAUAAAAGCAAUAUUGUGCUAAGAGCAAAAGUAACUGUCAUCUGCAUAUACAGUGGUACCUCUACAUACGAUCACUUCGACACACGAUCUUUUCGACAUCCGACGUAAAAUUUGAGCCGCCAUUUGUUUCUACAUCCGACGAGUUGCUCGAAAUACGACGACAUGACAGCACUGCAAACGAACCCACGGUGGAUUUUCUUAUGUGAGAAAUCAACACAGUUUUCAAAAAAAGUUGAUACAGUUGGAGAAACAAAGAAAAAAGUGAUGCUUACCUUUGAAAUGAAGAUGCAAGUUAUAGAAAAAUAUGAGCUUGGGGUGCGCGUCCCUGAACUGGCUCAACAAUACAGCUCCAUGGUCCUCUUAUGACCACCGUUUGCCACUAUUUAUAAGUUAAGGUGACAAUUAUUAUUGUGGUAACAUUGCCAAGGAAAUCGCCAGCUUUGUCACGUUUUUAUCAUUUAUUUAAGAACUUAUCCAACACAAAACGCUCAUUGUCUUAAGCAGUUGACUGCUCUCAGGAAAACGAAAGUAUUAUCUCUACCGCACCGACCUAUCUCACUGGAGACGUCACCUUCGCGGUGCGUUCAGGGACAGGAAAAAGUGUCCGCCAUAUUAGAAUCCGAUUCGUUACAUUAUUUUCAGGAAGAAUUAUUAAUUCUUCUUCUUCGUCUUAUAUUAUUCUGAAUGAUUUAUUUAUAACUUAUUUGUUUUUCUAUGUUUAAUUGUCAUUUGUAACAGUGCCAGCAGUAUUUAUUAAGAAUUUAGUGUAUGUUUUUAGGCUUUGGAACGAAUUAAUGGAAUUAUAAUGUAUUCCUAUGGGAAAAUCCUGCUCGACAUACGACCAUUUCGACUUACAAACAAGGUCCUGGAACGAAUUAAAUUCGUAUGUAGAGGUACCACUGUAUGGCGGAAAACACUCAGGUGACUUGAAGUUCCACAAUUUGGUUAAAUUUCAAAAUUGUCCGAUAUACAUGUGUAAUACAUCAUUGGAAAGCUUAAAAUCUCCAUUUUCUGGGGGAAGAAAAAAUUUGGGCUGGCCGUCCACCAAAGAUGAUGCCAAGAGUUUAGUGCAGAAUACACAGAGAGGUAAAAAAGAAACCUGGAGUGACUGCUAAAGACUUACAGAAAUCACUGGCACAGUCCAAUAUCAAUAUGCACACAUCAAUUAUAUGUAAAACCAUGGCCAAGAAAGGUGUUCAUGGGAGGACACCACGAAGGAAGCCACUGCUGUCUAAAAAACGUUCUUGUUCGUUUAAUUUUCGCAAAAAGGCACUUGGACACUCCAUGGAAGUUUUGGCAAAAAUAUUUUGUGGACUGAUUUAACCAAAGUCGAACUGUGGGGGUAACACAUGACGCCAUGUGUGGAGGAAGCUCACCAACAUCAACACCUCAUCCCCAACGUGAAGCAUGGUGGAGGGAGCAUCAUGAUUAGGGACUGUUUUGCUACCUAAGGGCCUGGACAACUUGUAAUCAUUAAUGGAAGAAUGGAUUGAAAAGUUUAUCAGGAUGUUUUGCAGGAAAACCUGAGGCCGUCUGUCAAGAAUGUUUAAGCUAAAAAGAGGAUGGAUACUGCAACAAGACUAUGAUCCAAAACACAGGAGUAAAAAACUUCAGAAUGUUUUCAGGAGAACAAAAUACACAUUCUGGAGUGGCCAAGCCCAUACUUGAACCCCAUUGAGAUGCUGUGGCAUGACCUAAAGAUAGCGAUUCAUGUCAGACAUCCCAGGAAUCUGACUGGACUAAAGCAGUUUUCUAGAGAAGAAUGGGCCAAGAUUUGAACUUGUGGUUGCACAAUGAACGUGUUUGAGCGCAACAUGAACUUUGACGCCCUCUUCAAGUUCUCCCAAAUAUCUCAUUCUACGCAGCUGCACUUGAAGAAUGUGUACUCCUGCUUGGCGGUAUGCAUGUUACUGGCCGCCGCCGGUGCCUACACGCACGUGGUCUUGCGCCUCGUUCAGGGAGGUUUUCUCUGUGGACUGGCGUCGCUGGGAAUGCUGGUGUGGCUGGCCAUGACGCCGCACAACCCUGACACGGAGAGAAAGAGGCUGGGCAUCUUGGCGGGAUUCGCCUUCCUCAACGGUGUCGGCCUCGGACCCACUUUGGACCUUAUCAUCGCCAUAAAUCCCAGCAUUAUCGUCACAGCCUUCCUGGGAACUUCUCUGAUUUUCAUCUGUUUCACACUCAGCGCCCUCUACGCCAAACGUAGGAGCUACCUGUUCCUCGGAGGCACGCUGAUGUCCGCCAUGGGAAUCUUCUUACUUAUUUCCAUCGCCAAUAUAUUCAUCGGAUCUAUUGUCAUCUUCAAGGUUCACCUGUACCUGGGCCUGCUUGUGAUGUGCGGCUUCGUGCUGUUCGACACUCAGCUCAUCAUCGAGAAGGCUGAGAACGGUGACAAAGACUACGUGUGGCACUGUGUCGACUUGUUCCUGGACUUCAUCACCAUUUUCAGGAAGUUGAUGGUCAUCCUGGCCCUCAAUGAGAAGGACACCAAGAAGAAGGAAAAGAAGUAGACCCGUUUGCGAGCGUGCUUGAAAGCGGUUGCCGCAAUUGGCGCACUUGUUCAUUUUGAUUUCUUGAAGCAAUUCCUCUUUUACGACGAUUGCAAAUGAUUUCCUUUUUUCUUGUUUAACUUAAAGAGAUGAUUGUCUGUCCACUUAAACUAAUGCUAGCGCUGGAGUGAGUGAGCGAGUGUUUGAAAGAUAUUCUUGCUUUUUUUUUGGUGCCAUCACUUCCAGACGGGCGGGAAAGUUGACGUCCUGCGAUGAUUUUUUUCUUAAGUUCUUCCCAAACGUGGUCAUGAUGUGACGCACUUUUCUAGAUCCCCGUUGUCGCCCUUUUCUAAUUGUGUAUUUUGUCAGUUCUACAAACAUCUGACAGUUUGCCAAAUGAAAUCUUCUGUUUGUCAAGACUAUACUGUGAAGAAUUAAUUUUGUUGAAGUAAAGGGCAAACUCAUUUGAUAUAUUUGCGAAACGCAGUCAGGUGCGCCUGCAUUAAAACCCCCUUUUUUUUUUUUUUUUUUUUUUUUUUUUGCUUUUGCAAUUUUUGACGAAUCUUAGCUAAAAUCCACCGAACGGACUUGUAGAUCACCGUUGCCAGAUUGGGCUGGUGGGAGAAAUAUACAUUGUUGACAAAAUUUGAGUGAAUUUUGACGAGUUUUAACAAAUAAACUUGUAUGUCUCCUCUUUGAA